AUGCCCGCCGAUCGCUUGAAAGUAGCCUUCCUAGGCCCGCUGGCCUCGUUCUCGCAUCAGGUACGAGUCAUAAACUCUACGCCCAGUCUUACCCCACACUAUUGGCCGAAAGUUGACUCUAACAAAUGCUUCGUGAUCCUGCAGGCCGCAGCAGAGUCCUUUGAAAGGACGGACGCCGAAUUGCUUCCGCACGUCUCCUUCGCAGAUGCCUUUACGGCGGUUCAGCAGCAAGUUGCCGACUAUGCGGUUAUUCCGUUCGAGAACUCGACCAACGGCUCUGUCGUGCAGACAUUGGAUCUCCUUGCAGAUCGAAGCGCUCUCUACACGGACGUCGAGGUUUGCGGGGAGUACUACCUGACCGUGCACCACUGCCUGCUCGUGCGCAAGGGCACGUACCCGUCCGGUUGGGCUGGCUACGACGGCUCAAUCACCAAGCUAUAUACACACCCACAGGCCUGGGGCCAAUGUAAUAAUCUGCUGUCACAACAUUUCAAGGGUGUCGAGAGACAAGAUGUCUCGUCUACCUCCAAAGGAGCGGAGAUCGUUUCAAAAGAGACCGGCGAGCAAGCGGCGGCUAUCGCCAGCAAAUUCGCAGCAGAGCAUCACGGCGUUGACAUAUUGAAGGAGAACAUUGAGGAUCGUGCAGAUAACACAACCCGCUUCCUCAUCCUUAGAAAUACUCGUGUUGAGCGUACCGCUCAACUUGCAUUCGAGCAGCCGUCUACGUCAUCCUCCGCAAGCACGCAAAAGACUUUGAUCUCCUUCGCGAUUGACCAUUCCUCACCGGGUGCUUUGGCUAACGCACUGCUCAUUUUCAAGGCUCACGGGCUGAACCUUACGAGUAUCAACACGAGACCGAGCCUGAAGCGCGCUUGGCAAUAUAUUUUCUUUGUCGAGUGCGGGCGAACCCCUUCGGACGAGAACAAGGAGGCUGUUCUCAAAGCCCUGGAAGAUUUGCGUCAUGCGACGGAGUUUUGUAGGGAUUGGGGAUCUUGGAAGGAUCAGCUCUCCAUGUGA